UGUUCCAACCACCUCUGCACUGCACCACAGGCGUGCAACAUGAUAAACUCUCUGCUCUUCUUGUCCUUCCUCAAAGAAAUUGCAUUACGGCUGCAAACCCACAACAGCUCUUAACACUACCUAAUGGCUACUCUGCCAAGAACUCCCGAUACCUUGGAAAUAUUGGUCGAGAGAAUGCUCCAAAAAUUACCAAGAGAUGACGACCUCGAAGGUGUGGCCACCAUGGUCACCAUCUUCCGGGUUCCUGGCCACGUCCGUCAGGCUAACAAGCAGCUGUACGAGCCUAGGAUGGUGUCCAUCGGCCCAUACUACCGUGGUCGAGAAGAACUCUGUGCCAUGGAGCAGCACAAAUUGCGGUAUCUCCGUGAUUUCCUUGGGCGUGGAGUGGGGGAGACGCCACCCCCUCUGUCUUCUUACGUCGAGGCAGUUCGAAAGGUUGAAGAACGAGCGCGGCAUAGCUACUAUGAGCGGACCAAGCUCUUCGGCAUCAAGAGUGAAGCAAAUGCCAUGUCGUCGGACAGCCGUCAGAACAACGCUGAGCCAAGUGAAGAUGCCCAAGAUGGAUUUGCAGAGAUGUUGCUGCUGGACGGCUGUUUCAUCCUUGAGUUUCUACUCAAGUGGCAUGAAAUUGAAGAUGGUGCCGACGCACUUCACAACAUCGGCUGGGGUCUUGCUCUGCUUAACUCGGAUCUCCUGUUGCUGGAGAACCAGAUCCCCUUCUUUGUUCUGGUGAGUCUAUACACAGUGCUUAGCGAGAGGACGCCAGGGGAUGGGGUGGUUCCGACGCCAAAAGACCAGCUUAUUCACGAUCUUGUCUACCUUCUCCAGAAUGCCACCUUCUCACAGGGUCAACUCCCUCCCUCUGAUACAGUAUUCACCGUGAAGAUUCACCAUCUACUGCACCUCUACCAUGAAGCGUUUGUGCCCAAGCCCAAGUCUGAUGAACCACCCAGCAUACCGCCCGAUCCUAACCCUCUGCCUGAGCAGGCACCUCAAACGCCUGUUGCUACUUCUGCUGAGGCGCCUGAGGCUGAGCACAUCAACGUAUCUGAGCAGGCAGCCCAAACACCCGGUGCCACUUCUGCUGAGGCUACUGAGGAAGAGCACAUCAACGUAUCUGAGUCUGAGCAGGCAGCGCAAACACCCGGUGCCUCUUCUGCUGAGGCUACUGAGGAAGAGCACAUCAACGUAUCUGAGCAGGCAGUGCUAAUGCCCGGUGCGUCUUCUACUGAGGCUCCUGAGGCUGAGGGAGAGCACAUCAACGGCGGAAAUUCUGCCACGGUGAUACCUUGCGCGACCCAGCUACGCGAGGCCGGCGUCCGGUUCAAGCGGAAGAAGUCUCCCAAGAACAUGUUCGACAUCACAUUCUCCCAUGGGGUAAUGGAGAUCCCCCGCGUGGAGAUCGACCACGCGAACAAACCCCUCCUCGUCAACCUCAUCGCGUUCGAGCAGAGCAUGGGGAAGAAAGGGGCAGCCGCGCCUCUGACGAGCUACACGGCACUCAUGACCGGGCUAGUCAGGACCGGCAAGGACGUCGAGGUCCUUCAGAAGCAUGGGAUCAUCGACAACAUGCUGUCCAGCGAGGACGACGCGGCGAAGAGCUACUUCAAUCACCUCGGUGCUUGCUGCACUCUAGACUACAACGACCAUUACUACGCAACGGUGUUUGCACGAUUGAACAAGCAUUACAAGUCCAACUGGAACAAGCACAUGGCUAAGUUCAGGCGGGAUCACUGUGCCAAUCCAUGUUCAAUUGUCUCACUCAUUGUCGCGGCGAUGGUUUUCUCCUUUGGCGUCUCCCAGGCAUCCAUUGCUUUCUACCGCCUCCACAGCCACCAUUAGACGAUAGGAGUAGUACUAUUUCAUAUGCCUAUCCUGAGUAUUUCAAGUUGCUAUCUAUCUUAUUUUUUUACUGUUAUUCCAUGUAAGCCUUCCUAAUCGAAAAUAUAUGUUUAUCUAUACAUUAGCA